AUGCUCUUUAUUGAAAAGUGUUUGCAUGAAUAUGAAGUGGACAAUGACUAUUAUACAUCAUACAUAACAUUAAUUCAAGCCAGUGGAACAGGAAAAUCCAAAUUAUUGAUGCAUUCUGCAGAAAAUACAAUAACUGUAUAUUGCUGCUUGCGCGACUCCAAUUCAAGUGGUUACCUAUCCGGAUCACAUAUUGCUAAAACUCUGUUAGAUGAGUUUAAGAGUUGCGAAAUUAAAGAGAGUUGCAAAAAAUGGAUUGAUGAAUAUACUAACAACAAUUCUCAGGAGGACUUCUGGAAAGAUAUUGAACAGAGAAUAAAUGUUAUCACGGACGAUCUUAAGAAAUAUGUAACAAAUAAGUCAUUAGAAGAAAGGGUAGAAGAUUACUAUUUUAAACAAAAAAUAACAACAGGAGAGAGUUCAGUUAAAUGUCUGUUUGUAUUCAAUGAAGCAUAUACUCUGGUUAAGCAAAAGGUCGGAGAUGAAAUUCUGUUUUACUAUGUACGACGUGCUUUAAAGCAUCUACCCAAAAACGCAGAAAUUUUCGCAAUAUUUAUGAGCACAUAUUCAAAUAUUUCGAACUUCUUGCCUAUUAGCUAUCUUGAUCUAUCCAAAAGAGUUGCAGAAGAAGGGGCACAAUUAUUUAAGCCUUUUUAUUUGUUAGGCACAGUAGAUAUGAAUAUAGAUAUAAUGGAUCUAAAUACAGAAAUUAAACUAGAAAUGUCUGAAGAUCUGCAACAUUUCUUUCAAUAUGGAAGACCUUUUGAAGCUGAAGAGUUCAAACCAGAAUGUGUUAUAGUGUUAGCAAUGGACAAGCUUGUUGUUCCACAAUCUAGAUAUGCAUCUCAAUUAGUCAUGGGCUAUAUGCAUCUUUAUCUUAAUAUCUUAGAUGAUUAUGAAUAUGUUAUUACAUUGAUGCCUAGUGAACCCAUGCUAGCUGAGGCAUCUGCUUGGAUAAUGAAUAAUCCAAAUAUCUGCCUCACAGAACUUAUUAAUUAG